GUUCGGCGCUAGCGCUGAAGAUUACUGUAGUGCAAUUGCUACGCUCAAGUUGGCUCGGCAGUCAUAUUAUGGUUCACCAUAUUUGAUUUCAAAAGAUCAUUGACUUACAAAACAAUCCUUUUGGCGUCUUGUUUCCGUCACAAAAGCUCACGGGUAUUCCUGUGUACGACCCUAAACAAUAAAGCAAACUAAGUUAAAGGAAACAUACGUGCUGUAUAUGUAGCACGGUGUACUACAUAAGCUGUACAGCUUGGCUUUAGUAACCGACGGUGAACUUCUAUGUACAAGACUACAUGGACAUGUAUAUGACUUAGCGGGAUUGCCGUGUUACCUAAAACAGUCUGGGGUGCUGAAGUUGACUGCUUGCAUCAAUACCAUCCAAGAUGGCUUCAACUGGUGCAAAACCCGUCAUUAAGGACCACGACAAGUGGGGAUGGGUAAUGGUAGCGGCAGCAUUUGUCAACUGUUUUGUAAUCUAUGGUCAGCUGAAAGCGCUGGGCGUCCUGCUUAUUCCGAUAAGCAACGACUACAAUUGUGACCUGGGGCUCAUCGGCUGGAUCGCAGUUCUGUACGGCAUGGUGCAAAACUGUAUCGCACCUGUCGUAGCAGCACUCGCCCGCUUUCUGGGGAGUAGUCGCAUGAUGAUGUUCGGUGGACUUCUCAACGCUGUAGGUAUCAUCCUAACGGCGGUGUCACCCUCAGUUCCACUGUUCUCCAUUUUUGUGAUUGGAAUGGCAGGUGUGGGGUCUGCUUUCUGCUGGUACAUUGGUUUUGCUGUAAUGGCCUCAUACUUCAAGGAGAAGUAUCCAUUAGCCAUUGGAAUAUCGACAAUGGGUGAACCCAUUGGUAUGAUGUUUUACGCGCCCGUUACCCAGGUACUUUUUAACACCUACGGUUGGAGAGGAUGCUUACUCUUACUGGGAGCUCUCUCGGCCCACAUGGUUGCGAGUGGCCUGCUGGUUCGACAUGAUCCAUCGAGGCCUACUUUGCCAGACAGUGAUGAGGAGUACCAAUAUGUGGCUGCCAGGGAUGAGGAGGAAAUCAGCGAGGAAGAGGGUGCUGUCGGUGGCGAGCAAGCCGAGCCCUCCCAGCAGAGAAAUGGUUCAGAUCCCGACCUUUCUCAGAGGAGCUGUUUCAAGCGCUUUGUCAAGGCAAUUGACUUCAGGGUGAUGGCAGAUGUCAGGUUCGUUUUGCUGAUUUGUGGGAGAUCUACGGCCACGUUUGCAUUCAGCGCAUGGUUGGUGUUCAUGGUGGCGCAAGGGCAGUUCCAGGGUCUGAACCAAGUUCAAGCGUCAUUUCUUCCCACUGCGUUUGGCGUUGGUAACAUUGUUGGCAAGUUGCCAAUGCCCCUUGCGCCUAAGAUUGGCAUAAAGCCAUCCAUGACAUCCUGGGCGUGCUUUGGAGCAGCCUUGGUGUGUAUAUCUUUCCUGGGGGUCGCCGCCGUUCAGCAGGCUUUUGUUGGACAGAUACUUCUUACGGGACUGUCGGGAUUCGGUUACGCAAUAUUGUAUCAAGCUGAGGAUGUGAUGGUACGGUUUCUGUCAAGUGAUGGUCGGUUAGUGAGUAUGCUCAGCUGGCAGGGAAUGCUUACGAGCAUAGCUGGGGCGCUUGGUGGAUUGAUAUCAGGUUGGGUUUUGGAAAGGACGGGUUCUUUCCUGAUAUCCCUGGGCAUGUUUGGUGGUGCAGUGUUCCUAUCAAUUCCCCUGUUCAUCGGAGAGGCUAUCUACACUGAGCGGAGAGCACACUAAAGGAAGGAAAAAUGCUACCAAGUUUUGAACAUAAUGACUGUACAGUAAAGUGUCAUAGGGCUUGUAAACUUUUCACUUUUACCAGCUAGGCUUGAACGUGUGCAUUGCCUGGUGUAGGCUUUGAGCUAUCUUGCAGAGCAGUUCUUUUGUUCCACAGGGACUUCUGUUGUUUGGAAGCAGUACCUACAGCUUUGGACAGUCUGGUGUAAAAUAUAAAGAUCACGUUAAUCCAAGAGAUGAUCAAGUCAGGUCACGAAAAUGUUAACCUGUGAAAACACAAGACUGACAGUAAAUGUAUGGAAGAGUUAACAGCAACACGUGAUUUUCACACGAUACAAACCUAUACCCAUUUCGCAAUUGCAGCGCAACACUGCUGUGGUCUCUCUCCUGAUACCUCUUCGCAUUUGCCCAUUACGAACCGUUUUCGGUCGAAGGAGAUCUCUCCAGAAAGACCUCUUUGAACGCAUCAUGAGCAGCUAGGUAUAGCUUCUUGUCUGUAGGAAUUUCUUUACCACAAUAUCCCGUUGCAACUCUCAAUUUUUCUAGACUGUCCUGUACAAUAUACCAGGCUCUUACUGUCAGAAACAUGAAUAAGAUGACACAGUAACUGGAAUCGCAACCUAACCCAUCAGAAGCGAGCUACGAUUUGGUAACUGAUUUCACAAACUGCCUUUUGAAACAAUUAUAGAUGUCAGUGAUGUAUGGCAAGAGAAAUGUAUCACUAAAAAGCUUACUCGACCAAGUGUGAUACUUGUAAAGUUAUCCCACAGGUAACAUGCAAACGUAACCUAAACUUUUUACAGUAUUCUAAAAGUGGACAGUAUUUAGAUAUUUGUAGAAAAUACUGGCUUGAAAUUGUUAUUAUUGAAAUUAUUUUGGUAACCAUUUUCUGUUGUAACAUGCACCGAAGCUUGGUCCUUAAUUGCUCCAUCGUCCAAAUCUAAACAGAAAACAAAUUCAUGGAACAUGAAAAAAGUCAUUCAUUAGUCUUUGUUGACAUAAACCGUCUCAUUGCUCAUUCAUCGUCUUGAGCUGUUGGCUUCGGAGUGAGUAACUUGUACUCGGAGAACUCGUUUGAAAUGUUCUCGUCGGAGGUGCAAUUUUUUUUUAUUUAUAUUACUGUUAAAAUUUUUAAAAACCGCCACCCCUUGAUGUUAGUACAGCCUGCUGUUGGAUAUGCCGAUGGUGAUUGAUCUUUGAGAACUCUAAAAUGGUCUUGAAGACCUUAUUUUGAUUGAUCUUACAGGGCGUUCAGUAUGUUAUCAGUAUUGAUCUGAUAGGGCGUCGUCAGAAUUCAGUUCUUGGUCAGAAAAUAGAGAGCUCAGAUCGCCUGGAAUGCGUUCGAAAACAAGUCAGUUGUGCUCAUUUUACCCCAAUGUAGUUUUAUGGGCAUGUUUGUUGUAAAGACCAGUGUUUCAAUGAUAUCACUUAUUAACCCCUACAAACAAUCACGAGAUCCAUUAAUCGGUUCGAAUAGUAUAUUUUUUAUUUGUUACGUAGCACUGAAACUUUGAAUUUUAAGGAAGGGCUGGGCCAAUUGCUCUCAACGUUUGCGUCCUUCCACGUGAUGCCGGUUCGCUCGGGCAGAUCUUGAUUAAAUUCAUAUUGGCUGUGUUUCUUGGGAUGUUGCAUGAGCUUCUUAGCUCAAUGUCUCGCGUCGAUGCCAAUGGGAGACUUAAAGACGCUGGUGGCAGCAGACAUACCUUUUUCUGUGGUUUUCACAUUUAUUUUCAUUAAAUAUCCGAGGAAUCAUCAUUAUCCGAGGAAGAUCACAUACACAGGCAAGAUGUUGAAACCUCGAGAAUUUAUCUCAGGAUGGCGGCAUACUGAAAGUAGAAUACCGACGUCCUGAACUAAUUUUUUAACAGACGAAAGCAAAAGAGAAAACAACCAAAAACGAACAAAACAAAAACACCAGGCAGUUAUUUUCUAAUUAACGAACUUUAUCUAUUUUACACCUACAAUGUAUUAACAGACACAAUUAGUUGUUCAAAAUUUGCUUACUUCAAGGAUAGAAACUGACAUUAGCAAAGUCAGUGGAUCAUCUGAUCCAAAUAAGGAUUAAAAGCACUUUGGAAAUGUGCAGAUUAACAAGGACGACUGCACGCACCUGCGGACUUGUUCAAUGGGAAACGUGAUACAGUAUUGGAGCCACUUUGCAAAGAAAGCCUGUAAUGAUAACUUGUACAUGUGCUUCACAAUGGUAUGGCAGGAAAGCAGAAAACACAGUUAUGGACCAUGUUAGAAUCAAUCAAAAUAAACGAAUCAAAUGAAGAUCUGGAGGGUCGUUUACAGGUGACAAAAUGAUGCUAGGCACUUACAACAGCCCUAACAGUCCCUAAUUCUCUGAUUUUAAUAUUUUACAUACACCCUCAGCAUUUAGGGCUAAAGGAGUAAGAGAAGUUAUUAACUUAUCAGGCAGUGCGAGCAGCACAUAUUUUACUACUGUAAUGACUUCUAGGGCCAACAUUAUGAAGUUCAGAUCAACUAAUUUUUUUCCAUUAGGGUGUGCAAAGCUUUCCCUGGGAAAUUGAAAAAUGUACAUGUAUUUGUUCAUAUCUGCACAGAAUCAGAUGCACACGUAUGCACUGUCUGUUGAUCUUUAUAAAGUCUAGUUUGAGUGAAAUUUAUUUCCUACUGAAUUUUCCAAAUGAUGAAUGAAAGCUCAUAACACCACCAUAGGUCUUAAAGAGAUGCCCUUUUUAUUGUCUACUAAAUGAAAUGACUGUGGAAACUCUGUGUUUCUUCAAAACAGUCAAGUUGUUUUGAACCCAAUAAACUGUGGUUAAACAAACUGGUCAAACUGUGUCUAUUUAAUCUUUGCAGCCAGUUUUCAACUUUGUUACAUGCUUCAUGGACAUUAACACUGGUUGCAAUGGCCAAAAAAAAUCGGAGAAAGUGGUUCUCUCAAUGCAGGGUUUGAGAUGACAAUCUAGCCGCUUAAUUUUUCAGCCGCCUCCAUUCCAUCAGACG